AUGGAUGACAUAGCCGUAAUAGGUCUUGGGGUUCGAUUCCCUGGCGACGCAACAUCUCCCGAAGCCUUAUGGGAGAUAUUGGAACAUGGUGAGUCUCAAUGGUCUGAGAUUCCCAAAGAUAGGCUCAACAUCAAUGGCUAUUAUCAUCCUGGGGGUGAACGCCAAGGAUCAAUUUCGUUUAAAGGAGGACAUUUCCUCAAAGGAAAUGUUGCAGAAUUUGAUGCUCCUUUCUUCUCCAUUGCGGCCGCCGACGCAAAAGCGAUUGACCCUCAGCAGCGCAUGCUUUUAGAAGUUUGUUACGAAGCUCUUGAGAAUGCUGGUUGCACCAAAGAAGAUAUUGACGGCACUGACACUUCUGUUUAUGUCGGAUCUUUUGUCAAAGACUAUGAGCAAAUUUGUUUGCGUGACCCAGAUUGGCAACCUCAAUAUGCAGCAACAGGAAAUGGUAUCGCAAUAAUGGCAAACCGCAUCUCGUAUUACUUCAAUCUCCAUGGUCCAAGCAUGACGCUCGACACAGGCUGCAGCGGGAGUCUCGUAUCCAUCCAUCUAGCUGCACAAAGUCUGCGUUCCGGUGAAUCAUCUCUGGCUAUUGCUGCCGGGGCUGGUCUGAUUUUGACUCCAAACACGAUCAUGCCAAUGACAGCACUAAAUUUCCUUAGUCCAGAUGGCAAGUGUUUCACAUUCGAUGCUCGGGCAAACGGCUAUGGACGAGGUGAAGGCAUUGGCGUUGUCAUUUUGAAGCGUCUUUCGGACGCUAUCAGAGAUAACGACACCAUCCGGGCUGUGAUUCGAGGCACGCAGGUGAACCAAGACGGGCGAACCACUGGUAUCACUCUUCCCAGUAAAGAAGCGCAGGUGGCAAAUAUUACUGCUGUCUAUAAGGCUGCAGGGCUUUCUUUCUCCGACACUGCUUACGUCGAGUGCCAUGGAACAGGCACCCAAGCAGGCGACUGGCGCGAGUUAAAGGCCAUUUCUGAAACACUUGGGGAAUCUCGUGCUCCAGAUAGCCCAAUCUUUGUUGGCUCCGUCAAGCCAAACAUUGGACAUCUGGAAGGGGCCGCCGGCGUGGCCGGUUUGAUUAAAGCCGUGCUAAUGCUAGAACGGGAGCGAAUUCCUCCGCAUAUCAACUUCGAGACACCGAAUCCUGCUAUUGACUUUAAAGAAUGGAAUGUCCAGGUGUCACGCAUUGCACAGCCCUGGCCGACCAACGCGAAGAAACGGGUCAGUGUUAACUGCUUUGGUUUCGGAGGGACAAACGCACACGUGAUUCUGGACGGGGCUGCCGAGUAUCUCUCUACACAGCAGCUGGUUGCCCACCACUCGACAACUUACAAAGUCAACGGCUUGCCGCUGCAAAAUGGAUACCCUCACUCAAAGCACGAAGAGCUUGUCCCGGACAAUUGGCAGGUUUUUUGUUUUUCCUCCAACGAGCGCUCUGGUAUCCAGAGAUUGGUUUCUCAACAUGCAUCGAUGCUCAACGAUACGGAAGAAUUGGCAAGUGACUUCUUGUCAAACUACGCCUACACAAUGGGGUGCCGUCGGUCACGUCUGGAGUGGAAAACAUUCUAUGUUUCCAAUUCGAUUUCGGAUCUGGUCGAGCAGAUGAGCCAGUCCGAACACCCGGCUACACGUUCUGCCAAGCAGUCAUCUCCGAGGCUUUGCUUCCUGUUCUGCGGCCAAGGAUCGCAGUGGGCCCGCAUGGGCUUAGAUUUGAGAUCUUUUCCUGUCUUCUGGAAUAGCCUCAAUUCCGCGAGUUGGUACUUGAGGACGGUUUUGGGGUCUUCUUUCGAUCUCAUUGAGGAAAUUUCCAGAGAAGCCCCAGACUCUGUUCUAUCAAGCGCUCACAUAUCUCAGCCAGCAACUACGGCCAUCCAAAUUGCCAUCGUAGAUUUGCUACAGUCACUGGGAAUACGGCCGAGCUCCGUCGUUGGCCACUCGUCCGGUGAAAUUGCCGCUGCUUUUGCGUGCGGGUCCAUCUCUCGUGAAGAAGCAUGGGAAGUGGCCUAUUAUCGGGGUCUGGCUGCAUCCGCAUCACGGAGUAAGCUGCCUGGUUUUCGCGGUGGAAUGGUGGCAGUUUCUAUGAGUCUUGAUGAGGCUACCUCUUACAUCAGCAUGCUUCCCGAUCCUCUUGAGAUUGCGUGCAUCAACAGCCCGAGCUCUGUUACGCUCUCCGGGAAACGUGAGGUCAUUGAGCACGCCUCUCGUGAUCUCAAGGCGAAGAGCAUCCGCCAUCGCAUUCUUCCGGUCGACAUGGCGUACCACUCAUCGUACAUGAAGAACUUUGAGGGCGACUAUGUCUACAAUAUUAGCUCAAUUUCCCCCGCAGCUGGUCGAAGGGUGGUACGAAUGUUUUCGUCGGUAUCGGGUCGUGAGGUACAAUGCUCGAGACUCGAUGCCAGUUACUGGGGCGAGAAUAUGGUAUCCCCUGUACGGUUUUCGUCGGCCAUUGAGUCUCUUAUGGCUGUUCCAGAAGACCAGUGUCCAUCAGUCUUCGUCGAGAUGGGUCCCUCGACCGUUCUGAGAACAAUGGUUCUCGAAACGCUGGCAAGCCGCGUGAAACCUGAGCAGUUUCUCUGUGCACUGGACAAACGUCGUCCGGGGCCGGCUUCUGUUCUCAAUAUUGUCGGAGAGCUAUGGUCAUCUGGCCAGAAUGUCAACCUGAAAGGCGCAAUUUCUCGUCGAUUUCCUCAGCCACGUCUGAAAUGUCUCUCCAAUCUAACAUCAUAUCCUUGGAAUCACACAAAGUCGUACUGGCAUGAGUCUCAUCUCAGUUUGGCCAACCGGUUCCGAGAUUAUGGUCGCUUAGACCUUAUUGGAGCACCAACGGCCGAUUCUGUAUCUUAUGAGCCCCGGUGGCGCGGUUUUCUCAGAAUUUCUGAGAACCCUUGGAUCCAGGACCAUCAGGUGCAGAGGACUGUAAUCUACCCCGCGGCUGGCAUGAUUACCAUGGUCCUGGAGGGAGCUAGACAGCUGAAGGCGCGCUUUCCGGAAGUUUUUGGCUAUGAGAUACGAAACAUGCGCUUCGAAAAGGCGGUUGUUGUACCAAACACUACGCAUGGUGUCGAAGUCGCACUGAACAUGAGAGCAGAAGCCGAUGCGGGGAAUCAGCGUCUCCCGAGAGGUCACUUCACAUUUUCUAUCUACUCAAAAGCUCUAGAGAAGGAAUGGGAAAAGCACUCAACUGGAGAUCUUUAUUUUUGUUCUCAAUCGCAGAACAUGGAGGCGUUAUUUGAGGCUUUCAAAAAUCAGCACGAUGAACUCGGUGUUGUCUGCACCACGACAGUCAACCCGAGGCAAUUAUACGAACACUUGGACACAGUCGGGAUCUCUUAUGGUCCAAUGUUUCGCAAUAUUCUAGAGAUCAGCAAAGGAGCCGACCGCUGCAUUAGCAAGAUCCGUGUUCCGGAGACCAGAUCCAAGAUGCCGGCAAACUUCGAAUACCCGCACCUGCUUCAUCCCGGGACAUUGGACUCGAUGUUCCAAACACUCUUCGCGCUGGAACCUGUACCGAAAGUUCCUUACCUGAUUGAGAGUAUUUUUGUGUCCGAUAAUUUGGAUUUGAGCACCAGCCGCGAGUUUGUUGGGCAUGCUAUUGCCAAACAAAGGCCGUUCAACGAGGCCGAGGCGCAGAUAUCAAUGUGCUGCACUGAUAGACCAUUGGAUCAGAUCAUCAUCAAAGGACUUCGUUUCAGCGAAGAUCUUUUCACCUCGUCAACCGAGGCCUCUUUUCUUCCCAGCUAUCGCAACUUGGCCACAGAGCUGGUCUGGAGAGAAUACUCUGAAACUGCACAGUUCGAGUCGUUCAGACAUGCGAUUUCGCUACUCUGCCAUAGAAACCCCAGACUUUCAAUCCUACAGAUUGGAGGUGAGCUCUCCCUUGCAAAAUACGCUUUGUUGACGGCUUUGGAGCAUGCGGGCCAGCCACUGCGCCUCGGAAAAUACUCCUUUAUUGAUCAAAAGGAGUCCGAUCUGCACAUUGAUGACAUCAAGAUGGCGCCUUUCAGAAGUUAUGUGGAUCAGAUACCGGAUUUUGCUUCAGUCAAGUCCGGAUAUGACCUGAUAUUGGUCCACGGAGACACGGAGGACGAACUCAUGCUCGCUCGGCGUUUCCUGAAGCCCAGCGGGAUGGUUUUCCAGGUCUUGGCAGCUGAAAGUGAUCCUAAAAGCCCAAGAUCAAACGUUUUGUGUUCGGAUUUUGACUUGGGUUGGGAUUUGGAUGGCAUGCAAGUCGAGUGGUGUAGGCGUACUGGAACACCCUCAACCGAGGAGACGGGUGAAGGCAGACAGCCAACCAUGCGCAAAGUUCCCGCUCAGAGCACAGAGCGAUACAUGUCCAGCAGUGUUGUCCUUGUACUCCCCAGUGAGAUAUCUGAAGAGGUCUCUCUUUUUGAGGUUCAGUUCCGAGAGCAUCUGGCCGCAAAAUAUCCAGCCACUGGUGUCUGCGCUCUACGACUCCAAGAUGCAGCACGCGAAGGUGCCAUUCAGAAGGAAGCACUCUAUAUUUCCCUGCUUGACAUUUCUCGAGAGGCAUGUACUGAAGGCUUUGUUUUCAGCUGGAGCGAAGCAGAUUUCACUGCUUUUCACUCGCUGCAGAAAGUCGCGAAAACAAUCGUUUGGAUCACGAGAGGGGCUGGCAUGACAGCAACCACGCCACGCUGUGCACCGAUCACUGGUCUUGCCAGAACCCUCAUGUCUGAAGAUCUGCAGAAGGUAUUUGCCACGUUUGACUUGAGCCAGACUUCCUUGUUAUCCGAUACAAGAAUUCUUGAGAUGCUUGUCACCGUCUGCCGCAGCGUGACAGACCCUGCUCUCACCGGCGAGGCUCGCGAGGUGGACUUUGCAGAAAAUGAUGGCGCAUUGUUUAUCCCCAGGUUGAAAACUCUGGAUGACCUGAAUUAUAUCAUCGAGAAGGGUGGUAGCUCCGACCACAUCGUUGAAAAAUGCUUUCAGACCGACGAAAAUGAGGCCGGCCGUCAAAUUAUGCUCGAGUCAUCGCUGCACUCAAACGUCUUGUCGUCGAAAUCUGUACCGCCUUCCCAUUUCAAAGAAGUUAAUCUGGAUGAGUUAAGACCCGGACACAUUGCCCUCUCGUUUGAAUCCGCUAUCCUGGCCGUCAGCAACGAAGGAGUCGCGGGUCAAGACAUUCGCAAAUGGCACAGCCACGAUGUAACUGGUCGUGUCUCUGCUAUAGGAGCCGGGGUAACCCGUUACCAUAUAGGCGACAGAGUGGUUUCUCUGAUUCCCAAGGGUAACGGUUUACGCACCACAGCGCAAGUCGAUGCUGCGUUGGUAAUGAGCCACCGGCCUGGGUUUGUGCCUAGCCAGUUCUUAUCCGCAUACUACGCACUGUUCAACGCCGGUAAAGUACGCCAAAUCAAGAAUGUCUUGAUACAUGCCGGCGCAAGCGGCUUUGGUCUCGCCGCUGUUGAACUUGCCCUCUUAUCCGGAGCAACUGUAUUUGCCACAGUCACAGGACCAAACAUGGACAUACAAAGAGAUCUUUUGCGAGAACGGGGUAUUAAGCCGGGUCACAUCUUCGAUGGCAACAAUGACAGCUACCCUUCUCUUGUCAAGCGCCUCACAAGAGAUCGAGGAGUCGACCUCGUUUACAAUCCCACGCACAAGGAUGUAGAGCUUUCUGUCGCAUGCGUUCGCCAAUGUGGCACGAUUGUCUAUUUUGCCAACACUUCGAAAGAUUUCUCUUCUAUCAGUACUCCAGCUAUUCCUGUGACCAUGGUGGGCUUUGAUCUAGCCACUUUGCUCAUCGAGGACCUGGAUCAUGCAAUCGAUAUGGCUCACUUAGCGAACAAUCUGACUGCUCAUGUAUGCUUGGAGUGGAUGUCAAACUCAACCGUUGAGCAUCGAUUUGAUAUAUCCCAACUGCUAGAUGCAAUGAAAGCCAUCAACGAGCCUACACAUGUCGGCUCUGUAUGCAUAACCGCGGGUUCAGCUCAAGAAAAUGCUAGCCUGGUUCAAGUUUUGCAGCAUAGUCUCCCUACACCGCUAAGAGAUUAUAUAUCUGUGGACGCCACAUAUGUUUUAGCUGGCGGGCUAGGAGGUCUUGGAAGAAGUAUUGCGGAGUUGCUGGUGGCCAAUGGAGCAAAGAAUAUCGCAUUUCUGAGCAGAUCAGGUGCUUCCUCCUCGGCGGCUGCACAGUUUUUGGAGAAGCUUUUUGAACAAGGAGUAGCCGCCAAGGCGUUUUCCGUUGACAUCUGCGACCAAGUUGCUCUGCAAGAUCUUCUCUCAACCACCGUUUCUGCGACCAUGCCGCCAAUUGCUGGUGUGUUCCACUGCGCAGCUGUUAUCAAGGAUGCUGUUUUCGACAAUAUGACAUACGAGAGCUGGAAUACUGGAUUUAAGCCAAAGGCUAUGGGCUCGUGCAAUCUCGUUGACGCUGUGGAAGCACUAGGACAUGAUCCCUUCUAUGUGUUUUUGGCAAGCUCUGCGGGUGUCAUUGGCACGCGUGGACAGGCAAACUACGCAGCUGGUAAUGCUUUCCUUGACGCCCUGGCUAAGAACCUCCGCAUUCGUGGGAAGAGGGCUACAUCUCUUGAUUUGGGCCCUAUCCUUGGGGCAGGCAUGCUGGCAGAAGAUGAAGUCAUUCUCGAUAUUCUGCGAGCGAGUGGCUUCUAUGGCAUUCGGCACGAUGAUUUUCUCACCAUAGUCAAGCAUUCCAUAACCGGAGAGACAUCCCGGGGUAUUCCAUUACCAUCUCAGGUUGUUCUCGGUGUUGGUACGGGCGGUUUGAUGUUGCAGAAUCAGCCGGCGGACCCGUACUGGUCCCGCACAGCGAUGUACUCAUACCUUAACAUCGUCGACAUGCCAGAGCCAGACUUGAGUGCCCCCACAAGGUCUGUCGGUCUAGGCAUCAAAGCGGAAUUGAUGAGCUGCACAGAUGCAGAAUCUGCUAUCGGCAUUGUGUGCAGUGGUCUGUCGAGCAUGCUCGCCAAAUCAAUGAACAUGACUGCUGAAGAGAUCGACCCAUGCCGCCCCCCAAGCGCCUACGGUGUCGAUUCACUUGUGGCUGUAGGUGUUCGCAAUUGGGUAUCCAGAAACUGUGGCGUGGAUGUUUCUGUUUUCGAAAUUAUGAGCGAGUUGACUGUUUUCGAGUUGUCCAUGUUAGUCGUCCGGAAUGGAGGGUUCGGGCUAAAUGCAGAUAAUAAGUCUUGGGCAUUUAGUUAUGAAUAA